GUGUCCAGGAAACAAGGAUGGCUGCAGACCCGAGUCUUGUUCCCACCUCUUCCCCAACUUCUCGCCGCCGUGCCGCAACUGCAAUGCAGCCGUCCACAACUCCGGCCGUCAUCUUUCGACGGCCAUCGCAGGGAAUGGGCACCCCCGGCAUCUCUCUUCCCCAGACAACUUAUGAAGGAAGCUCAAUGCCAGGGGCGGGAGAAAGCGGUGGUGCAGGAGUAGUGUCACGUAAGAAACCGGCUGGACCUGUUCCAAAGAAAGCAUCACACUGAGAAUAGGCAAGCUCCGCUGCGACAUCCAAAGCCCCUUACGCCAUCCGAUCUCCACUCCUUGGUUGAGCGAGAGCAAGAAGCGAUGGUAAAGUACAGACGUUCUCAAAACAACGCUGCAACUUUCUGACACCAUGGGCUUGUUGGCAGGUAAACCGGCUUUCCAGAGAGCUGUCUAUGCUACGCCAGCAAACCGCCUCUGUUGCAUCGACCACCUCCUCCACUUCCACCACGCUCAAUGACUCAUUGGAUGGAUAUCAUAGUACACCGUACUUAGUUAGCUCAGCACAUCCAACGGCGUCGCGGCGACAUCGCUCCUCAUCGAGUCUAAGCUCGUCUUAUGUCCCAGUAGUUCAAGGAUCGAGAACAGGAAAUGGGCCCGCAAUUGCACGAUCUCGGGAGCCCAGUUUGUCAUUCCCAUCGGCACGCCCAAAUGACCCUUCAAAGCCCGCUCGUGCCUUGUCGACCACAUCGCGGCAGCCGGAUCAAGUCCUGCCAUCCUUGGCUGCAUUGAUACAACCGCAGCCACAACAACAAGGCGAGAAUGUGCCAAGCAACGUGACCGGACCUCAGAAUGCCCGUCAGAGAUCUUUCUCCCCGCAACAAGUGCCAGCUUCUGGAAAUCCGCCUCGCCAGGAAAUACUGGUCCAGCGAGGAGAGUUGGAAGCCAUGAAGCGAGAAAACGAGGCUCUGCGUCGUCGCGUACGGGACCUCGAGCUUGUUGUUAAGAAAUACCGAGAACGCGAAGUCACCUCUCCAGAACAGCCAACAAACGACGACGAGGCCACAUCGAAAUUGGGAAAACUGUCCAUUUCCUCGAGGGACGACGGGAAGGAUUGUCCUUGAUUAGCCUUUAGGAUUAGCUAGGAUGCAUCUUGGAUAGCCAAUAUAUCAAUGGAUGUUGAACUCACAACCAUCUGACUCUCCA